AUAAAGACGAACAUAUAUUAAUUAAAAUAUUUAUUAUUUAAUAAUAGGAAUGUCUUGCCAUGAUUGUACUACUAUAUAUAGGUGCUUUUAAGUGUUUUUUAACAACCAGUCAUGUUUCCUACAAAGUGAUAUUUAUUUAUUUAUAGACGUAAUAAUUUAUGGGAAGGUUAGAAUGUCAUUUUUCUAUUUCACAGUGCUUCACAUAUAUCUGCUUUUAUUUGUUCUUAAUUUAAUAAGUUUAAAUCAUAAUGUAUAGACGUACCUUUUGCAGUAGAUAAAUAAAAAAAACCAAAUGUUUUAUAUUUGAUACAAUACAAUUUUAUAUAAUGUGUACAACUAGCUGCUGUUGUAUAUUAUCGACACCAUUUUGCUUCAAAACCACACAUUGUCCAGACUCUUAUUUUUAGGGACUCUAGUUAACGGUCGGUAAUUUUUUCAAAAGUUUUCAAGAGUUGCCGUAUAAGUGUCGCGAAAUAAUGUGCCUGUGGUACGACGCGAGUGUCAGAAUGAAGGGGAAAGGAUGACAAAGUAAUCAAUCGUGCGAAAUUUAGGAGUAAUAAUCAUGUGGAAAUGCCUGUCGCUCGAUUUUUCCGCACUGUUGAUCGGUGGAAGAAUGAGUUUACUUAUAUACUCCCAGACAGCACACAACAUCCAAUGGACGUUCGAUUUUGGUUUUUAUUUUGUCUAAACGUCCAUGGACGUAAUACAAAUGUUUUAAGAACGUACAUUAUUGGAUGUUCAAAAUACAUUCAUAUCUGGACGAAAAGAUGUUCAUUUUACGUACUUUUGAAAAAAAUUCUUGCCUACAAAAAUUUUUGUGUAAAAUAAUUUUGUCAAUUCUUUUUGACGUGCAAUAAAAAUGAUAGCAUGUAUGAAAAAAAAAAAAAACAUUUUCUUGAGAAUUGGCUCAGAUCGAUUUAGUAGUAGAGUAUUAAAUAAUUUUAGUGUAGAGUAUUAAAUAUUUUGCGUAUUUAAUAUAUAUAUAUAAACUAGACAAUAGUCUGAUUAUUUAAGAUCCUGUAAUUUUAGAUAAAAUAUUAUUCAAUUUUAAUGCAAAUUUGAGUUAAUUUGUUAGUAAAAUUUAUUGGAUCAUAUUCAUAUAUAUGUACAUAUACAUAUAUGUAUAGUUUAAUCUUAUAUUUAUUAUAUUAAGACUGUCUUAAGAUUCCUUUCAAUUCAAUAAAAUAAUGUGCGAUGUUUUUAUUGGUUGAAUUGGAUCUAAAGAUUUUUUUAAUAAAGAUUGAACUAUAUAUAAAUACCGUCGAAUAAAUUUUACUAAUAAGUUAACUGAUUUGCAUCAAAAUUGAAUAAUAUUUUAUCUAUACCUACCUAUUUUAAAAAGUUCUUUUAAUGUUCAAAACAGGUCCAAUUUUAGUCUGUUUUUCUUUAAAAUGGACGUUUUUCGAACGUCCAAGGCGGUAACACGGUACGUUUUUAAAAUGUCUUUAAAAUGUUCACAGCUCUAAUUCGGAUGUUUUAAAUACGUCCGCAACGUUCAGUAUAUACGUUUUUAGUACGUUUUUAAAACGUCACUGUGCUGUUUGGUCUGUUUGUGCACAAUCAGCGACUUUCCGGCCGGUAGAGGUUUACGAAAAGAACCAUUUUCGGCGCACAUGUAAUAAAAUAUUUAUGCAACUAGUACGGUGAAUCGGCUAAUUGCCCAUAAGUGUGGGAUAUGUGUACUCGUCUUCAACUUGUCUGUCCACCCGCACGGGAGGGUAACAGCCGAUCCGCUCAUGUUGCAUACAAUAUUUUUUGUACGUAUUCGAAAUAUUGGUUCUUUUGUGUAAAGUGACACGUGAGAAAAAGUUCAUUUUUGAUGCACUGGUAGCGAAAAAUAUUUAUUGUCAAUACAUUGUUUGGGAUUUGCUAUUAUUGAUUAGUGUGACAAUGUAUUAAUGAUUAUAAAAUUUAUUCUACCUGUGAAACGUAAUUAAUUUGGGACAAGAAAAAAUAAAGUUAAUUUUAAAUUUAAAAUUUUUCUGUCCUAAAUAACAAGAAUAAAAUUUAUUGUUCUUAUUAAACUGCAUUACAUAAUUUAACGUAUCUGUAUUACCUCUGAUAGAAUAGAUUGCUUUUUGAUUAAACGGGUCAUUGACAUGCACCUGACAAAGUUAAGACAUUCGCCUAUACAAGAGAAAAAGACAAUGGCUGGCGACCCUAUUUCGUGACGUGCAAACAAAAAUAGUCUCGGACGUGGACUGCGGCUAAUAGCCUUUAAAGAAUCAACAAUUUAGAUCAACAUUUGUUGGUCUAGUAGCAUCACAUUACGUAAAACCUAAAGAUAAAUAAAAGAUACUUUUUUUCGUAUGGUGUAACAUUUUUUCAUUAGUUUCAUUAUUUUUAUUACUACAAUGAUGCGUCGUAGAUAAUAAAAAGAUAUUACAAAACAUUAUAUUAUUACAAAUGUGAAAAUAGCAGAAAUUUUUUUCUAAUUAGGCGAUUAUAUGCAUAAUCUAUUGUAUUCCAUUUUUUUAAUAUAUUGUUAAAAUUAUUUACUGAGUAUUUUUGUAAACAGCAAAAAACACAUAAAAAAAGUUAUAUCAUGAUAAAGUUAUGCUUAAAAUUGUGCUCGAAUUUCUCUUAAAGCUUAGAGUCGUAUGAUCAUAGUAACAAGAGAAACGUCUGAAGCAUCUUGUUGGAGCAACUAUUCUACUCGUAGACACGACAGCAAAGAUUAGGUAGUAAAGAGAGAACUACUACUACUACCUUUUAGGGUAGUUAAGUGCACAACGCUCCAACUUAUUUUGUUUUCUCGUCGCUUCUCCAUCUGUCUAUAGCCUCGCCUCAAAUCAGAUUGAAUUAACCGCCCUGCCUCUUGCACGACGUGAGACGAACGCGCUUAUGUGGAUGAUCUCGCGAUCUUGAUCCUUCUUAGAACGCGUGAACUGGUAAGAGACUGAACACCAGUUUUUAGCGCAAUCGUGAAAACGGAAAAUGUUCCUUUCGUCUUUAGUUGUGAAAACACUUAUCACGAAUAGUAUCAACGCUGAUCAAAUUAAGUUAGCUAUAAUAAUGCGUGAUUAUAUCUAAAGUACUGUUGAAGAAAAAAGUAAACGCGUUAGCAAACUAUCGAAAAAGAACUGAAAGAUUAAAAAAAUAAAAUGUAAACAAAAAAAACAAAAUAAUUAUGACGAUGAGAGGAGUGAGAAGUAAAAAAUACAGUUGACUUAUAAAAUAAUCCGGAAAGACAAUUUAAAGAAACAAAUGAUUAAAAAUUACCAAUAAAUGUUAAUGAUGAUUGUAAUUCGACAAUUUUUAAAUUCUCUUUAUCUAGUUUUCUAUUUCACAGAUAUAUUUGAUGCAAUCGCGAUACGCAAAUGGAACAAGAAGCAACAUUGGCGAAAAGCCGUUCUAGCAUACACAAGAUGUUUUAAAAGAUACAAUAAUAAUAAAUUAAUUCUUUGACCAAUGAAUGUUUUAAAUAUAUUGAUAAAGUUGAAAUUGCCUAUACAAUUUGCAGUGGAUUCUUGUGCUUUUUCUAUUAAUUUUUCUAUUAAUUUAAUAUUCUUAACUCAUGUAAACUGCGCACCGACAAUUUCGUCAACUUUGAAACACAGUUAUUAAUUGAAAGCUAAAUAUCAGUCCCCUGAAGCAUCUUAAAAUCUGUCCUUAAAAUCUGCCCCCCUCCCAAAAAAAAACUGUAAAAAAUUUAUUCUGCAAAAUAAUACUUCAGCCAGGAUUUGAACCUGGAUCUUCAAUCAUUCUAUGAGAGUGUUUUAGCUUUAAUAAAUGAUUACGUUAUAAUUAUCGAGACAUUUAUAUUCGUGGGUAGAGCAACAUGAGCUUUGAAACUGGAACAUGAUGCAAUGAGAUUAGUGGGUAAGUUUUUCUUUAGGAUUUAGGAUGCAAACUCACUAAAAUUCGUGAAAGAUCAUAGGAUAACAGAAUCUUUCCGUCGUAAUCUCAGUAAUGUGCACUCAGAUCUAAUGUGUACCGAGAUCUAAUAUCACACAUUUACGAAAGCAUGUCAUCGAGCGGCGAAGAUUUUUUGGAAUGAAGCUGCGAUUGAUUGACUUUGAAGGAAUACGAAGUAUUCUGACAAAACGAUAGUGGUGGCAUUGGCGUAGUUUUCGGUUUUAAAUAUGUCGAAGCUUGCGGAAUAAUGUCGUUGCCCUCUUCUCCUCGGGUUGCUCGGCUGUUCGUCGGACUUGAGUAUCUGGCACCACCACCGCUGUUACCAUCACCAUCACCAUCGUUGCUACUACUGCUGUUGCCGUCACCGAUGUCCAGUUCUUCCUCUUUCUCUAUCUUGACGUCGCUUUUUCGCUCUCUCGUAAUACUGUCACUGCUACCACCGCUACCACCGCUGCCAUCACCGUCGCUGUCGCCGUCGUCGCUGCUUCUGCUGUCGUAACCUGCGCCGCUAUCGAUACCUACUGUCCCCUCCGCGAGACCAUCCUCUUAUUCCCACUCCUUCUACGGAGCACCUGCCGUGCUCCAUGCCAGGGAGUUCGGCGCGUUAGGGGCGCUCGACGAAGGUAAGUAGAUGGUGGGUUAUCAGUCGACGGAACAUCUUCGUCGCGAACGGGAACGUGAGCUCUUCAGUGUGGUGACGCAUGUGGAGAAGAAACAAGAAUCAGGUGUGGAAACGUCAAAUAUCUAUGUCAAAAUUACAUCAUUGUCAAAUUAAUGUUUCGCGUAAGAAAGGCAAAAUAGUUUAAAGAAAAAAAUUGUCAGUGUUCUAUUAGCCAUUUUAAGAAAUUAAAGGUAUUUUGCUAUUAAGUACGGAGUCACACUAUUUGAAUAUCUUCCGACCGAAAAGAGACAUUCGCAAUUAAAUAUCCGCGAGACAUAAAAGCAUUCCCGUAAGUUGUAGUCGCACGAUGAUCACAACCACGAUUGCGCCAAGGUAAAUGUCAGCAAGGAGGUCACAACGCCGGUGAAUUGUGUUAAGUGCACAGCAAGCGACUUAUUCAACCAAAUCCACGAGAGAUCUCACCAUUAGUAGUGUACACGACGGUAAACGACACACGUCCGGCGACGUAGUAUCUUAACGGUCGAUAUCUUGACGCAGCAAAAAAAAAAGAUUUAAAGAGGAACGUCCGUACUAAAGUUUCUAGAACAAGAGACAAAAGCAAAGUAAUAAGGUAAUAAGAAGACUGCCGGGAUGCUGCACGAGGGGCUAUUAAGCUCCAGCUAACACGUGGCGAUUACGCGCACACUCUGCAGUUGCAAGCGCAGGACGGUGUAUCGUCGUGAGAGGUUGGGAUCUCCAGGAUGCCAGGGGUGCGGAGGUUGCUACGUAUGCUAAUCUAUAUGGUGGUUGGCUUGAAAGGCGUCAGUAGCAACAGUGACAUUUGGCCGCUGGAGAGGCCAGAGAGCAUGCCGGCCAUCCAGUCUUUAGAGGUGAUGUGCGGAAAAGAUCAUAUGGAUGUCCAUCUUUCGUUUUCGCAACCUUUCGAAGGCAUUGUCUCGUCCAAAGGCCAACACGCAGAUCCACGUUGCAUCUAUGUUCCACCAUCCACUGGACAGACCUUCUUUUCUUUCCGAAUAGCUUAUGCAAGAUGUGGUACAAAGCCAGAUAUGCACGGACAAUUUUACGAGAAUACUGUGGUGGUUCAGUAUGAUAAAGACUUACUCGAGGUUUGGGAUGAGGCUAAACGUUUGCGAUGCGAAUGGUUUAAUGAUUAUGAAAAGACCGCGUCAAAACCACCGAUGGUAAUCGCGGAUCUCGAUGUGAUACAGCUGGAUUUUAGAGGCGACAACGUGGACUGCUGGAUGGAAAUUCAGCAUGGCAAAGGUCCAUGGGCACCACCCGUGUCCGGUAUCGUGCCGCUCGGCUCUACUCUUACUCUGGUCGUCGCCAUAAAUGAUUAUCGAGGUGAGUUCGACAUGCGGGUCAAAUCUUGCGUGGCUUCGGACGGCGACGGUCACACGAUACAGCUCAGCGACGAGUUUGGCUGCGUGCUAAGACCGAAGAUGAUCAGCCGGUUUUUGAAAGCACGCGGUUCAGACGACCGCGCGACCGUCAUUACGUACGCCUUCUUCCAUGCGUUUAAAUUUCCGGACGCGUUAAGCGUUCAUAUCAAAUGCAAGGUGGAGAUAUGUCGGCAUGGUUGCCUGGAUCAUUGUCAAUUAAGUGACUCCGUAGCUCAUUAUAUUCAAGAAAGAAAGGAUCAAAUACGACCGCAAUAUAUAGAAAGCACGGCAGCUUCUGUGCUCUCCAAUAACGAUAACAGCAGCGUGGACAGAGACGAAGACGCUGGCAAUGUGGGACAAGGAGAUGGUUCUCUGUACGAUGAUGUUAUCCAAAAUGGUGAUGAAAUGGCGUCAAUCGGCGGGCAUUUUGUCGAUGUUGAAAAGUCGAUUCCAAAAGCGCAGGCACAGAUGAGUAAUCGAUCACCGUCGGUCGUCACUGAAAUGCAGCACAGCGAUAGCGAGAUCCAGCUGGAUGGCGUCGAUUUGUCUAAACCAUUUAUGGAACCAACGCGAGUCUAUAAUAGUUAUGAAAGCGAACAGGAUUCCCAAUUCCCGCAUGGACCACGGAAUCUAGAGGAAGACAGUGCGGUGCCGGUCACGCCGCUCUCUGCUAGCGUUACUCGCCGGAAACGUUCGGUGACGGUGACGGAUAGGAAAGCGCGCAGCGCUGACGUCGGCGUCAGUGGUAUUUACGAGGUCAUCUCCGAGGCGGAUCUAGCGUUCAGUCCAGAUGCGCACGCCGAGGCGGUGACAGUGUUUCAGGGCAGAAUACGCGAAGAAGUUGUUUACGGGAUCUGUCUGCCGAUGCCGGGUUUCAGCGCGCUUUUCAUCAUCGUCGCGCUUUCGGCCGUCAUUUCCGCUCUCGUUGCAGGCGCGAUGUUACAUCGGCUGCAGGCGCAGCGGGACGCUGCCGCCAGUGGUAGCAGAGAGAAUAAUCAAACCGAAGUACACAACAACGGUUGGCUGUCUUACGGUCUGCUUCGCGUGCGCUGUACAGCGCAACCCACUCAUCGUUCCGAUCAGCUGCAACAGAAACAGACAAACGUAGCUUCACAGGUUACUGCAGAUCCGUCGGUCGAGCGAGGCUGAAACCACGAUGCCUUAAACCACCGUUCUUUUCGGCCUUAGGACCGAUCAUCACGGCCAAGUUUAAGGAGUUUAAGGAGAGACAAUGUGCAAUAAUAUGCUGUACAAAGUAUCGUAAGUGCAUAGGGGAGCUGCGUGCGAUUAUCGAUAUUACAUAUUAUAUAUCGAGAGGACAAGCGUUUCUGUAGAUAAACACGCGGAGCUUUAUUAUUACCUAUACGCACAUUGAGCAACCAUUGUUAUACAAAAGUCCCAAAUACCAAGAGAAAAAAAAACAGAGGAAAAGAUUAAAUACAAAGAAAAUGCCUGGCUGCUGCGUUCCUAAUUGUUCAAAUUGUACUGAAAAGGGUUUCUCGAUAAGAAAAAUCCCAUCGAACGUGAUUCGGAGGGCAAUAUAGAUAGAAAAUAUAAAUAACCAUAGGGGCAAUGAAUCGCCAAAGUGGCAACCAACAAAAAACUCAUUUGUAUGCGAAAUUCACUUUUCAGCAGAAAUGUGGGAAAAAGAACAAGUAGAUGGAAAAAAAAAAUAAAAGCCAAUGCCAUUCCGACAAUUUUUUGUUCUCUUAAAAAUAAAGACGUUCCAACUGUAGAAAAAAAUGCACAUACUAUGCAUGACGGAAACACAACACCCUCAAAUGAUGUUUUCGAGGUUCCUUCUACAUCUUCAUCAAAACGACUUUCCACAGACAUCAAUACAAAUGCAGUGAAUGAUGUAGAAAUGUUGCGGGAAAAUAUAAAGAUGAAAUGAAUAUUUUAUCUGACUGUAACUUGACACUUGCAAAUGACAAUGAUACUAUGAAAGACUUGGAAAGAAAACUGGAUGAAGCAAACAAAAAACUACAGACAGCAAAUACUAUUAUUCAUAAAAUUUUGAAAACAAAGAGAAUUCUUCUACAGCGUGUACGACAAUUGAGGAAUUUUAAUAAGUUGUCUAGAGGACAAACGUCUUUUUUAGCACAGGAUUUGUUACGUCAUGUAUUUUAUAAAGAUCAAAUAAAGUUUCUUGAAGCUAAA